AUGCAGCAGCUGUGCAUCCGCGGAAGCAACACGAGCCGAAAGUUUCACUCCCUCGUGACGCAAGAGUAUGCGUGCUUCCAAGUUGUUAGCCCCGCAGGCUGCCAAUUCCAACAACGGUUAGUCUACGAAGAUACGAAAGUACAUGCCGCCAAGGAUCGCCCGCGCGUAUCCACGGCAUUCUCGCCCACGGUGCUGGCAGCUUGCUGCAGAAGCCGCCUGAACCCCAGCAAAUCCCGUCAGUCCCUUAAACAUCAUUCAAUGCACGACGGUCAGGUGACGGUGCGAUUUGUCGUCAGACUGAUGGGAUCCUUGCUUCGUCGGAAAAGACCCAAGCUCCUUCGAAAGAAGGGAGUCGGUGGUCGGCCAAAGUUUGCCCCGCGAGAGUUGAGCUUCCCAAGUUUGCAGAUGGGUUGCUUUGAGUGCUUGGGCAUCAACAACGCCCUCUGCCCUGCUGAGGUCGGAGAACUGCAUGCACCUAGCGCGUUUCGUCCACUUGGCUUUGUAUUGUGUCUUGCCUGA